CAUAUAUACAUAUGUAACUUAGAUAGAUAGAUAUAUAGAUAGAUAAAUACUCGCAGCGUAAUGGAAACCCGCCGACGAAUCGUCGUCUAGCCGUCCCGUACGCGGCUGUCGCUAGCGAUUUAUUCUAUACUAUUAUAUUCUACUAUACCUACCUAAGCUACAACCUUGCGAGGUGCGAGGAGCGGGGCUGCGCGCUGCUCGCUGUUCGCUGCUUGUAGGAAAGUUCAAAUACUCUCCCCACCGGUUUUACUUUGCUUUGCUUUGCUUUGUUUCCUCUUCUUCCUCUUCUUCCUCUUCUUCCUCUUCUUCGAAGCUCGUCGGGUUGAUGCUCUCGUGAUUUCGGUGCGCUUGAAGUCCUACCUACCUAGUGAAUCGCAGCACGGGUUCGCCAUGCAGUUAAAGACGCUUCUGCUCUCGUCGGCGACUGUGCCGCUCGCAGCGAGCGAGACGGUCCUCGGCGUUUACAUCUUCCACCGCCACGGAGACCGGACACCUAAGAGUCUCGCGCCCACCAACUUGACUGCCUUGGGCGCCGACCAGGUCUUCCAGUCCGGCAGCUACUACCGCAGCAGAUACGUCGCAUCCGACGCCAGCUCGCCUAUCGUCGGCUUGAGCAGCGACGUCGCCGUGCCCGCGCAGCUAAGCGUCGUAUCGCCCGCGGACUCCGUGCUCCAGAGCUCCGCCCUGGCUUUUCUCCAGGGCAUGUACCCGCCCGCCGGCGACUAUGGAGUGUCCGUAUUGGCCAACAAGUCCGAGGUCCAGGCCCCGCUCGGCGGAUACCAGUACAUCCCCGUCGGCGUAUCGUCAACCGCCUCCUCGAACCCCAACUCGGAGAACAACGAGUGGCUGCAGGGCGGCUCCGGCUGCGGCAACGCCAUGGUGAGCUCCAACAACUACUUCCAGUCGGCCGAGUUCGUCAGCACGCUGGGCCGCACCCGGCCCUUCUACAGCGGCCUUCUGCCCGUCAUCAACGGCACCUUCAGCGCCAGCCAGGCCAACUUCAAGAACGCGUACACCAUCUUCGACCUCGUCAACGUGGCUACCAUCCACAACCAGACCAUCCCGUCCGGGAACCUGCUUACCGACGAUGCCUUGUUCGAGCUUAGGACCCUCGCCGACGCCCACGAGUGGAACCUCGCCUACAACAGCAGCGACCCGAUCCGCGCCGUCGCCGGCGCCACGCUCGCCGCGCAGAUCCUGCAGCAGCUCAACGCCACGCUGACCAGCCGCAGCAAGACCCCCGUCGGCAUCCAAUUCGGCGCCUACGCGUCCUUCAUGUCCUUCUUCGGGCUCGCGCAGCUCGACAAGAUAUCCGCCGACUUCACCGGCGUCGUCGACUACGCGUCGUCCAUCGUCUUCGAGCUCGUCACCAACGCCAGCACUGCCGCCACCACCUCCUCCUCCUACCCCAGCAUCGACGACGUGUCCGUCCGCUUCCUGGUGGCCAACGGCUCUGCCGCCCAGCACGCACCCCGCGAGUUCCCGCUGUUCGGGCGGAAGCAGUCCCCGCUCCCGUGGUCCGAUUUCGCAGCCGAGAUCAACAAGUUUGCCAUCGGGGAUACGGCGGCGUGGUGCCAGGCCUGCGGGAACACGACGGGUAUCUGCGCGAGCGCAGCGUCUUCGUCGGGCGAUUCUGAUAGUGAUAACGGCGAUGGCGCGGCAGCCACCACGUCUGGUAACGGCAUUUCGCUCCCCGUUGCUGGCGUCAUCGGCGCUUUGGUCACGCUUGUCGUAAUUCUCGGCGUCGAAGGCCUUGUGUAUGCUCUCGCGGGCCUGAAGCUCGUUAAGAAGUCGACUCUGGCUGCUGGUGCUGGAACUGCUGGCGUUGAAGGCGGUGCUGCGGCGGCGGGUUCAAAGGCUUAGGGGCUACGGAAGAUAUGACAAUAUUGAGUAUGUGAAUAUAUUUAUAUGAUACCAAUAUUGUUUGAUGAGCGACGAUGUAUGAUGAUAGCGCUCCAUAACCAACUUCUCGAAGCUAGAUUUGCAACUCAAUAAAUAUAAAGGACAAUAUAGCAUUGUUUGUAUGACCAACUAACUACUAUAUAUAUGAAGAGAU